GCCAUCGCCAUUCAAAAUGGCGCUGAGUCGGAGUUACCGAGUCUUCCACAAGCCGGAGACGCCGUAUUCCGUCCUGCUGGAGGCCAGGAACAGGGAAGAAUGUCUCAUGUUCGAGUCCGGAGCCGUGGCCGUCCUCUCUUUCGAGGAGAAGGAGACCAUCAAGCCGACGUACCAGAAACUUCUGGAUGCCUACGGCUGUCUGGGUGUGCUCAUGUUAAACAUCGGAGACCGUAUGAUGCACUACCUGGUUGUGGUGACAGGGUGCGUUUCUGUAGGUAAGAUCAACACGUCCGAAGUUUUCCGCAUCACUAACACGGCGUUCGUGUCGCUACGGAACAACCCGACUGACGAGGAAAGAAUCAUUCACGUACGGAACUUGUUAAAUUCUGGAACGUUCUAUUUUGCGUGGUCGGCGACAGACUCGGCAUUUGAUCUCAGCCUGUGUUCUCAGAGGGUCCUACAGAGCCAAGAAACAGACAACAGAUUUUUUUGGAAUCGCAUGCUGCACCUCCACCUGCAGAGGUUCAACAUCGACUGCUCUGAUUGGCUGCUGAAGGCCAUGUGCGGAGGGGUGGAGAUUCGCACCAUCUACGUUGGGAACAAACAGGCCAAGGCCUGCCUGUUCUCACGCCUGAGCUGCGAGCGUGCCGGCACACGGUUCUACGUACGAGGCACCAACGACGACGGUCACGUGGCAAACUUCGUGGAAACAGAACAGGUGAUUUUUCUAGAAGACAGAGUGACAUCGUUCAUCCAGACACGAGGGUCAGUCCCACUGUUCUGGGAACAGCCAGGUAUCCAGGUGGGGUCUCACAAGGUGCGCAUGUCACGGGGGUACGAGGCCUCUGCACCCGCCUUCGACAGACAUUUUGACACUCUGAAGGAGAAGUAUGGAGACCAGAUGGUGGUGAAUCUACUGGGUAACAAGGAGGGGGAAGCUAUGCUGAGCAGACAGUUUGUGAGUCACCACAAGAACUCCCACCACUGGCAGGACGUUCCCCAUGUGGUGUUUGACUACCAUCAGGAGUGCCGCGGGGGACGCACAGACAACCUGGUGCACAGGCUGAAGCGAAAGUUGGCGGAAAGUCUGGCGCGGUUCUCCUUCUUCUACUGCCAUGGCUCUGACAUCAUGAUGCAACAGUCGGGAACAGUCCGUACCAACUGCCUGGACUGUCUGGACAGAACCAACUCUGUACAGGCCUUCCUGGGCCUGGAGACCCUGCCCAAACAGCUGGAGUGCCUGGGGUUGAACAGUAAACCCCAGCUGGUCUCCCGGUGCAUGGAGCUGUACAAGAACAUGUGGCAGCAGAACGGAGACCACGUCAGUAAGAUUUACGCUGGUACAGGAGCGUUAGGGCAGUCCAAGGUUGGUAAGCUGGCGGACGGUGCCCGCUCCGUAUCACGUACCAUCCAGAACAAUUUCUUCGACGGCACCAAACAGGAAGCAAUUGACAUCCUCCUGCUGGGAAACACGUUAAACAGCGAACUGGCCGACCGUGCUCGUGUCCUACUGGCAACAAACAACCUCCACUCCUCCCCCAGUGUGCUGAUGUCGAUGGUGGAGCGGCACGAGGACUACACAGUCCCGGAGACGGUGCGCGUCUGCGUGGGAACCUGGAACGUGAACGGUGGGAAACACUUCCGCAGCAUCGCGUACAAACAUCAGUCCAUGACGGACUGGCUCCUGGAUAACCCCAAACUCAAGCCAGAGUGCAGCUUCGCAGACAGUAAUGGGCGGUUGGACUGGAGCGUGGCAGAUGAACAUCCCGUUGACAUCUACGCCAUCGGCUUCGAGGAGAUGGUAGAACUGAACGCUGGGAAUAUCGUCAUGACUGCCAGCACGGAUAACCAGCGUGCGUGGGCAUCGGAGCUGCAGAAAACGAUUUCUCGCGACCACAAGUACAUCCUGGUGGCGUCCGACCAGCUGGUCGGGGUGUGUCUGUACGUCUUCAUCCGGCCGCAGCUCGCACCCUUUGUCAGAGAUGUAGCUGUAGACAUUGUAAAGACUGGCCUGGGAGGAGCAGCAGGGAACAAAGGUGCCGUGGCCAUCCGGAUGCUGCUGUUUGGGACGUCCAUGUGUUUUGUGUGUUCCCACUUUGCUGCCGGGCAGUCCCAAGUCAAGGAGCGCAAUGCAGACUUCAUGGAGAUUGCUAGGGGGCUCUCUUUCCCCAUGGGUCGGACUCUGUCGUCACAUGACUACAUUUUCUGGUGCGGGGACUUUAACUACCGCAUUGAUUUGACCAAUGAGGAGUGCAAGUCCCUGAUUGCAGAGGAAAACUGGGGGAAACUGCAGACCUUCGACCAACUCAACAUCACUAAACAGCAGGGGGAGGCUUUUAAGGGCUUUCAGGAGGGCCAAACCAACUUUGCGCCCACAUACAAGUAUGACCUGUUCUCUGAUGACUACGAUACGAGUGAAAAGUGUCGCUGCCCCGCCUGGACAGACCGCGUACUCUGGAGAAGAAGAAGAAUGCCACGGACAAAGACAGAGGGAGUUGAGCCACCACCACUGGACCAUGGAACAUUGCUUCACUAUGGGAGGGCCGAGAUCAAAACAUCUGACCACCGGCCAGUGGUUGGCAUCAUAGAAGUUCAGGUGCUAAAAGUCGAUGAAGCCAAACGUCAAGAAGUAUACAAGGAGGUGAUUGGCUCCCAGGGCCCCCCUGAUGGCACUGUGGUGGUGGCUGUAGCCAAUUGGGAGGCAGAAGACAACCCCUUCUACGACGAUGACCUUGUGAAUGACCUGUUGAGCCUUUUUGCAACUGUGGGAGAAGCAGUCCUGGUCAGGUGA